AUGGAUUCGUUGAGUUUAGUUCUUAUUUCCUUAGUUGUGUUGUUAGUAUCUCUAUGGCUUGGUACAAGAAAACGGAACCAAAGGACUCUGCCGGGACCGGCAGGCUUGCCUUUUGUUGGAUUUUUGCCUUUCAUGACGCGCAAGCCCUAUGUCAAACUGACAGAAUUAUCUAAAAAAUAUGGUCCUAUUUACAGAAUACGACUUGGAGGCACUAGUGUUGUCAUCAUCACAGAUUAUAAACUAACAAAGGAAGCUUUUGCUAGUGACGCAUUCAUAGGAAGACCCCCGGAUUUGCCUUUUGAACUUAGUGAAACAACCAAAAAAACUGGAGCUUUUGUAGAUCUAGCAUGGAAAGAUCAGAGGAGAUUUUCCUUGAGUAUGCUAAAAGGUUUGGGAUUUGGAAAAACAAAAACAGAAGAACAUAUAAAGGUACAGGAUUUAUGCAAAUUUAGAGAUGUUCUCAUUGAUUUGGCUCGAGGAUUCUUCAGUGCAGGAAGUGAAACAGUCAGAAUAUCGUUGGAUUGGAUACUACUGAUCUGUGCUGCUUAUCCACAAGUUCAGAAAAAGGUGCAUUCAGAAAUUGUAGAAGUAGUGGGAGAGAAUCGCUUUCCGAACAGAUCGGAUCACGUGAACAUGCCGUACACGGAAGCAGUAAUUCGUGAGCAAAAUAGAUGGCGAUCAGUCAUCCCGAUAAAUUUAAUGAGAUAUACUCUGGAAGAUACCGAGUUGAAUGGAUAUUACAUACCGAAGCAUUCUCGAGUCUUGUCGAUUACGUGGGCGGUGCAUCACAACAAGGAAUUAUGGGGACCUGAUGCUGACGAAUUUAGACCUGAAAGGUUCUUGAGCGCAGAUGGCAAGCAAGUCCUCAAGCCGGAAUACUACAUUCCAUUUUCAAUAGGCAAGCGCCAGUGCCCAGGAGAAGCGUUUGCUAAAAUGGAAGUGUUUAAUUACGUGGUAGCAAUUCUUCAAAGGUUCGAAAUUACGCUACCUGCAGGAAAAACAGCUGAUUUCGAUGGACAACUGGGAAUUGGACUCCAACCAAAAAGACAAGACAUACUGUUUAAACGGCGAUAAUUUCGAAUGCUAUUUAAUACACACGAAAAACUUUAAUUUUCUUCUUCUCAGAAAACAAUAUUUGAAACAAUAUUGCAUGCUCCUCGACGAAAAUUUGUCACUGACGUUACA